AUGUUCACCAGAGGAGGCGGUGGGGAAACAGCAGUCCGCCGGCGGCUGCUCCUCGCGCGGGUGGGGAAGAGGGAAGGGAGAGGCGAAGCAGCUCGUGUCGUGCUCAAUGGAGGACCAGAAGAGGCGACGGGGAAACAGCAGCCCGCCGGCGGCUGCUCCUCGCGCGGAUGGGGAACAGGGGAGGUGGAGGCGGAGUCUCGGCGGCAGCAGCUUCUACCGGCGGCGCGGGCGAACGCGUUCGUGCGGGUUGACUCAACUGCUUGCGAAUCAUCAGGACGAGUUACCAACCUUAAGUCCCAGUUGUCAUCAUUGGAGAGAGAGAAUGUUGAACUUAGGAGGCAGAUUAAUGAACUAUCCAUGAAACUUCAAAUAGCUGGACAAGGAAAAGAUGAGACUUUGUACAAGCCUGGUCCGUUUGGAACUGUCAAGGCUUUGAGAACAAAUCCAACAGUAACCCCUGAUGAAUCUGUUAAUCCCAGGUUGGCCAAGGUAUUGGAAGAGGUUGCUGUGAAAAAGGAACUCAUUGUUGCAUUGGCAAACAACAAUGUGAGGGAGAUGCUCGAAGUUUGGUUUACCAAUAUCAAACGAGUUGGUAUUCCAAACUACCUGGUUGUGGCAUUGGAUGAUAAUAUAGAAAGCUUAUGCAAAUCUAAAGGGGUUCCAGUCUACCGGCGUGAUCCUGAUGAAGGCAUCGAUAACAUUGCAAAAACUGGUGGAAACCAUGCCGUCUCUGGACUUAAGUUUCGUGUUUUAAGGGAGUUCUUGCAACUUGGAUAUAGUAUUCUCCUCUCUGACAUUGAUAUUAUUUUCUUGAGGAAUCCAUUUGAGCACCUUUACAGAGAUUCUGAUGUGGAGUCCAUGAGUGAUGGCCACAAUAACAUGACAGCUUAUGGUUUCAACGACGUGUUUGAUGAGCCUUCUAUGGGUUGGGCCAGAUAUGCUCACACAAUGCGGAUUUGGGUUUACAACUCUGGGUUUUUCUAUAUUAGACCAACAAUUCCUUCUAUUGAACUUCUUGAUCGUGUGGCUGGCCGCCUUUCUCAUGAGCCAAAGUCAUGGGACCAGGCAGUUUUCAACGAGGAGCUGUUCUUCCCGUCUCAUCCUGGUUAUGAAGGCCUUCAUGCAUCCAGGAGAACCAUGGAUAUUUAUCUUUUCAUGAACAGCAAAGUCCUCUUCAAGACAGUGAGGAAAGACGCUCAGCUCAAGAAGCUAAAGCCAGCGAUUGUGCAUUUGAACUACCAUCCUGACAAGUUAAAGCGAAUGAAAGCGGUCAUCGAGUUCUAUGUCAAUGGCAAACAAGAUGCACUGCGUCAUUUCCCUGAUGGGUCAGAAUGA